AUGAUUUGUACCCUUGCUCUGCUGACGGUACUCGCGAUUACGGUGAAGUGCCAAGACGACAGGCGACCGCUUUAUGUCAUCGGCCACAUGGUGAACUCAAUCCCGGAAGUGAAAACGUUCCUGAAUCUCGGUGCCAACGCCAUUGAGACCGACGUGACAUUCAGCAAAAACGGCACCGCACUCAAGAUGUACCAUGGAAUUCCGUGCGACUGCUGGCGAAAAUGUUGGAAGACCGCAGAUAUCGCGGAUUUCUUUCAGUACCUCCGGCGCUUCACCCGGUUCAGACGCAGCGAAUAUAGCGAAACACCUAUCCUUCUUGUUCUGGACCUCAAGGUAUCCAGUAUACAGCCGGAGCGUAAACACCACGCUGGGGUAGACAUUGCCACCAAGCUUAUUACACAUCUCUGGAAGGGAGUACAGUUAUACAGAAUGAGGGUGGUGCUGUCCAUCGGCCAUACAACCGACGAGAAAGUACUUACUGGAGCCAUUGACACUAUAAAAUUUUCAGACCCCCACCUGUCUCUGUUCAACUAUGUCGGAUUUGAUGUGGGUAUGAACGACAAGCUUGAGGACAUCGCUAAAAUGUACGAAAGACUCGGUGUUUAUAGGAAUCGCUGGCAAGGCGACGGUAUCACGAACUGCAAGUUCGUCUGGUCAUAUAAGCGACUGAUGAAAGCGAUUUCAUACAGAGAUAGCAACAAGUACAUCGACAAGGUCUACUACUGGACCAUAGACAAGAAAAAAACCAUACGGAAAGUUAUCCGGAAGGGUGUGGACGCUAUCAUCACGAACUACCCAAACCGUGUAAGAGAAGUUCUAAAGGAACGCGAGUUCGAGAAAACUGUCCGACUCGCAACCUACUUGGACGACCCCUGGGUGAGGUUUCGGACUAAAAGAACGAAGCGCGGAUUCAGUAAAUUUGACUCAGAUAUGGACGAAAUGGUGGAUGAAACCAGCGAGUUCGAUUUCGAGCCUUUUCCCCUCCCGGUGUCUCCUCGAAAGCCGCGCCCUUCCAGGAAUCGUGCCAUACGAGAUAGUCACAACAAAUGGCCACAGUACAGUCACUUGAGACCAUUUUACUAA